CUUUUCUUUUCACCAUCCAAUCGAAUUGUUUAUGGUUAUAAGGUGGGUCAUAAGAUUAAGGCAAUAUUGCCAAAGAUAGGCAAGACUACCCCCUUGACCUUGUGGAGCGCUUCAGAGAGGCGCCAUUGUUAAGUAGGGGAAGGGACCAAACUAUCUCAUAUGUAGGUGAGGAAGAAGUCAUUGGGAGGGAAGAUGAUAGAAAGGCAAUUGUAGAUCUUUUAUUACACUCCACCACUGAAGACAAUAUCUCGGUCUUUCCCAUUGUAGGGAUGGGAGGGUUAGGAAAGACCACGUUAGCGCAAUAUGUUUAUAAUGAUGAAAAAGUCAAAACUCAUUUUGAGCUGAAGUUGUGGGUGUGUGUCUCUGAUGUCUUUGAUCUAAAAGUAAUAGUAGAAAAGACAUUAAAAUCAAUCGGAAAAGAGCUAGGAAACUUUGAGUUGGAUCAAUUCCAAACACGUCUUCGAAAUGAAAUUAGUGGAAAGAAAUAUUGCUUAGUGUUGGAUGAUGUUUGGAAUGAGGAUCUUCAAAAAUGGCUUGACUUAAAGGUAUUAUUGAAGUGUGUUGCUAGGGGAAGUUGGAUCUUGGUAACCACUCGCUCUGAAAUGGUUGCAAAAAUAACUGGUACAUUGCCACAUUAUCCUCUAGAGGGCUUAGCUCUAGAUAAGUCUUGGUCUUUGUUUAAGAAAAUAGUGUUUAACGGAGAAGAGCCAAAGAGUCCUAAUGUGAAACCAAUUGGAGAGCAGAUUAUAAAGAAAUGUGGUGGAGUUCCCCUUGCAAUCAAGACAAUUGCAAGUAUUUUAUACUUUAAAGAAACAGAAGGAGAAUGGUUGCGUUUUUUACAAGAUGAUCUUUCCAAUAUAGCUCAAAAUGAGAAUGGUAUUUUACCAACACUUAAGUUGAGUUAUGAUCAUCUCUCACCCCAUUUGAAGCAUUGUUUUGCAUAUUGUGCAUUAUUUCCUAAAAAUUAUGAGAUUGAUGUGAAGACACUGAUUCAUCAAUGUAUUGCACAUGGAUUUAUUGAGUUAUCAAAUAAGAGUGCAUGCAUUGAAGAUAUUGGGAUUGAGUAUUUUAUGGAUUUAUGUUGGAGAUCAUUUUUUCAAAAUGUGAAAAGGGAUGGAUUUGGGAAUAUUCAAAGUUGCACAAUGCAUGAUUUGAUGCAUGAUCUUGCAACUUUGGUUGCUGGGAAAGAGAUUAGCAUAAUGAAUUCUAAAGAAAAAAGUGUUGAUGAAAGAGUGCAUCAUGUGAAAUUGGACUUUCGUUUAGAUUCAUCAGACAUAAUCCCUGUUGUUUUAAGUAUUCCGAAAAAAUUGAGAAGUUUUAUUUUGCCACAUCAAGAAUUCUAUGAUCAUGAUGCAAUUCGUAUUUUUUCAAACUUUAAGCAGUUGCGCGUCUGUGGUAUGCAAGAUUGUAGAAUGACAGAAGUGUCUAGUUCCAUAGAAAGUCUAAAACAUUUGAGAUAUCUUGAUGUUUCAAAAAAUUCGGAAAUCAAAGCACUUUCAAAUUCUAUUACAAACCUACAGAAUUUGCAAGUGCUAAAUGUUUCUGGCUGUCAAUAUCUCAAGGAGUUGCCUGAAGAUAUUAAAAAUUUGAGAAAUCUUAGGCAUUUAUAUUGUCAUAAUUGUUACUCUUUGACUCGUAUGCCACGUGGGCUUGGGCAACUCACUUUACUCCAGACACUGACAUGGUUUGUAGUGGCAAAAGAUAGUUCAAUCUCAAAGAAUGUUGGAGGAUUAGAUGAACUGAAUAGCCUCUUCAAUUUGAACGGAAGUCUUCAAAUUAGAAAUUUGGGAUUUGUUAAAAAUGGGAAAGUAAAUCCUAAUUUGGAGAAGCUGCUUCUUCAAUCAUUGGUUCUAGCAUCGAGUCGAUAUGGUGAUGCAAGGGGUGAUGUAAAUGGUGAUAGUGAAGAAAUGGCACUGCAAAAUCUCCGACCAAAUUCUAAUCUUAAAGAGGUAAAGGUGUAUCAGUAUGGAGGCAGGAGUUUCCCAAGUUGGCUUUCUUCCCUCACAAAUCUUGUCCAUAUCCUGUUAGUGCGUUGUAGCAGUUGUAAGCAUCUUCCAGCAAUGGAUCAAAUCUGUUCUCUUUGAAAGCUAGAGAUUGGUGGUCUAGAUGAUUUAGAAUACAUUGAAAUUGAGGGACAAGGAACAUCAUUCUUUCCAUCUCUGACGUAUCUCAUUAUAAAGUAUUGUCCGAAGCUAAUGGGAUGGCAGAAGAAGAGGGAUGAUUCAACAGCUAAGCUAGCCCAAUUUACGUUUCUUUCCCAGUUCAUUUGUCAUAAUUGCCCUAAAUUGAGUUGGAUCCCUCAGUUUCCAUCUCUCAAUGAAGCACUAGAAUUGAACAAUGUAAGCUUGCAACUUGUGCAGGAAAUAUUCACACCAUCAAUCUCUUCUUCCUCAACCGUUCCUCCUUUCUCUCAAUUGAAGACGCUCAUGUUUUCUCAAUUAGCAGUCGAAUCUCUACAGCCAUAUGGACAGCAGAAUCUCACUUCUCUUGAGAAACUAACAAUAUUUGAUUGCCGAAACUUGAAGUCUCUACCUCAAGAGAUGCGUUCCCUCACCUCUUUACGAAAAUUGCAUAUUUAUGGAUGUCCCAUAUUGAGGAGAAGAUGUGCAAAUAAAUAUUGUGAGGAUUGGCCUUUAGUUUCUCACAUCUCAUAUAUUAAUGUCCAAGCCAGAAUUAUUCAAUUGGAGGGCCACUAUCAACUAGAGGACAAUGAAUCUGACAUACCACAUAGUGAUGACGAAAGGAACGCAAGUUUACAGUAUGCAUAGUGAAAUUCUAAUAGAUUGGAAAGUGGUGAACAAAUAGAGAGGAUGCUGAAUCCAUUGGCCUUGCCGCCGGUGGUGAUUUCCCAUGUUGUUCGCGAGGCUAAUGCUGUGGCUGACUCGUUGGCUAAGGAAGGACUUGCCCGUAAUUCAGAUCUGGUUGCCACCCUCUAAUUUUUUGCAAUUCUGAUUUUCUUUCAAUCACUGCUUGCUUUCUGCAGCAUGUGUUUCUUGGUUGGUGCUAGUUGCUGUUGGAAUCUUUUCUCCUUGUGUCGGAGAGUCAUCACUAUUUUGCAUUGUGGCUUGUGAUGUUCGGUUGUUGGCCUAGUGUGGUUUGCAGUAAGCUAUUGUUAAAUCUUUUCUCCUUCUAGUCUUUGCUUUCCUUUCUAUUUUAAUUGUUUGUCUUGGUGUUUGUAUCGUUCUAGCUAGGUUUUUUCACUUAGCUCGUUUCUCAUUAGGUGGGUGUAUUGGGGAGACCUAUUGGUCUGGGUUUAGUAUGAGUUACAAGCUAAGUUUUUCCUAGCAUUUUAUUAAUAAAGUUCUUGCUUAUAAAAAAACCAAGGUGUCAUGGCAGCAAUAUAUGUAAGAAAUCCAUAAGUUUCCUUAUAGUACUAUAAUCUUUUUAUUUAAAUUAUAUAUUUUAAAUAAAAUUUUUUAAUUUAUUUAAAAUGUCAAAUGAUUUAAAAAAUUAUUAUUUUAUCAUUUUUUCUUUUAAAUUCAUACUUUAAACACACUACAAAAUUCCCGCACAAUGCAUGGGCUUUGGACUAGUUCUAAUCAACUGGGAAGUGGUGAACAAAUUCAAAGGGUGCUAAAUGAAUUGGCUGGUAAUGCUUUUAUCCAGAGUAUUCUUCUUUAUUCAUUUUCUUUAAUGCAUUUAAAAAGUUUGAUUUUGAUUCCAUUCGCAGAAGUUAAUAGUGCAGAUAUUGAGAAACCAAGGCAUGAUGAUAAGGGAGCAGUUACUUGUAACUCCAUCUUCUUAUAUGCUAAGUGUUGCAAGAAAUUGGUGGAUGUUAUUAAGAAUUUAGAAUUUCCCAACUCCUGGAGAAGUGAGGACAAUGAUCCAGGUUCUUUUGUGUUUGCCUUAUGUGUCUAGAUACAUCCAACAUCUCACCUCCCUUGAAAGUUGAGCAACAAGUGGUUCUAUGACCCAGCAUGAUGGAAUGAUGAAGGCGACUUGUGAUGGCAAGCCCUUAAAGGCCAUACCGGAGAUUACUUUCCAGUACUCAAAAUGAUCAGAUGCCUUCAUGAUGGAAUGCUUUUGCCCAACUUGAGGCAAUGGGACGUCAUUUAUUGCUAAGAAGUUAGGCAUGUUCAUAUCCUUCAAAUUCAAUAGAGUUUAGAAGGUUAUUUUUUUACACCAUGUAUAAUAUAUAUGUUCUGCAAUUCUGUUAACUGCCCUGCAUAUGAUAUCACUUAACAAGUACUAAAAACUAUUCAAGUCCUUUUUUUUUUUUUCCCCUUAUUCUCUUUAGUAAUGAUGUCAUUAAAUCUUGAAUUAUGCUAAAAGGUUUAUGCAUUUGGUUGUCUUUUCAAUCACUUGUGUACAGAAUCUACACUACUUGCUGCCUUUGCUUUGGAGUGAAAUACUGGUGAAGAAUCAAAUUUCGCUGUUGAGUUUUCUUCUCAAUCAAUAAAGGCUCUGAUCUGUAAAUAUUUCUUUUGAUCCUCACAGAGAAGAUAUAUGUAUAGUUGUGUAUUUAAAUAUGUUUGAUGGGCAUGGAGCUUAAUAGGUUUUAUGGUUUCUUUUAGCUGUAAAAUUUAGGGGAAAUUCUAUAGGUUAGGGACAGGUGUGUCACAAGCUAUACUGCAAGAUGUUUUAUGCAGGUUUCUGUGGGCAGAGUGGACUUGUUUUCCCUAUGGAUUAGCUUUUGCCAGAAUGCUAACCCUAUAUGUUCACUGGACAUGGGAUACUCCCGAAGUUUCUUGGACCAACAAUACGAGUUAUUUGAGAAUGUUUUCCUCAACUGUCUGCUCAAUUCCACAUUCAACCACCCUUCUGCCUAUGAGAGAUUUACAUGGAUGGAAAAUUUCUAAUCAAAGUUUCUUGUUGUCUCAAAGACCCAUAGAGGAGCCUCUCAAAUUGCAGGCAUUUCUCAUCAAGCAAAUCUAAUUUAACAAAAUGAUCCACACCCCUCAAAUGUCAACACUUCAAUAGUUGUCCCACCAAGUGGAUGCUCUUGUUGAUGGCAGAUCCACAACCAGUUCCCAAUCUUUAAGUUUAUCAAGAUUUUUGUGUUGUAAUUAUAACUAUUUGAUUAUGUAAUGUUUUUCAGGCAGUUGUUGAGAUUGUAGCCAUAGAUAUUA